AUGUUUGCAAAAUCAUCUGCUGGACAAUUUUGUUUGAAAGUGACCAAUGCAAUUUUAGAGAAUCAAAUUGCAGAGAUUUUCAAACGCCCCGUUGCUACAUCGCCAACAGAUCCAUAUUUAGCUGUAAUUAAAGAACCAAUGGAUCUUGGAACAGUUAAAUCCAAGAUAAAAGAUAACUCAUAUACAACAAUUGCCGACUGGAAAUACGAUAUGAAUCUUAUUUUCAAUAAUGCAGUUCAAUAUAACGGAGAAAAAAGUUUAAUUGGCGGAAUAGCAGCCUAUUUAAAGAACAAAUUCGAAAAAUUAUUAAAGACAUUCGAAUAUACAAACAAACAGAACUAUGAAGAACGCCUUCGAUCACUCUAUAGACAACUUAUUGAAAAUUCAGAAAAACUUUACUCAGUAGAAUUAGAUAAAACAUAUGCCCAGAAGUAUGACUUGCUUCAACUUGAAGAAAAACUUAGUCAAAUUAAUGAUUCAACUAAUAUCGAAGAAAUUUUACGUCAAUACGGUUAUGAGAGUUUAAUUAAGAAAGGCAAAAGUACAAUUAACUUGGAUUCCCUCAAAAGAGAAUGUCUUGAUGCAAUUUGGAGAGAAAUUACAAUUCCUAAAUUACCUCCAAGCAACUAA